AUGGCCCCCAAAAGAAGACCCGUUCCCCUGAACAUUACGCCCAUCGGUGAGGGACAGGCCACCUCCAACACCAUCGAUGCGGCAUCUGAAGCCAACCUGGAGGCCCUGCAGAAGAAACUGGGCGAGCUGGACCUGGAUGAGCAGCAGAGGAAACGACUGGAGGCCUUUCUCACCCAGAAAGCUCAGGUCGGGGAGCUGAAAGACGAGGACUUUGACCCCAUCUGCGAGUUGGGGGCCGGGAACGGCGGAGUGGUCAACAAGGUCCGCCACAAGCCCUCGGGGUUGGUCAUGGCUCGGAAGCUGAUCCACUUGGAAAUAAAGCCCGCCAUCAGAAACCAGAUCAUCAGAGAGCUGCAGGUGCUGCAUGAAUGCAACUCCCCCUACAUCGUGGGCUUCUAUGGAGCUUUUUACAGCGAUGGGGAGAUCAGCAUCUGUAUGGAGCACAUGGAUGGUGGAUCAUUGGAUCAGGUCCUUAAGGAAGCCAGAAGAAUCCCAGAAGAUAUCCUUGGAAAAGUGUUGCGGGGAUUAGCUUAUCUGCGGGAGAAGCACCAGAUCAUGCACAGAGACGUCAAACCCUCCAACAUCCUGGUCAACUCUCGCGGGGAGAUCAAGCUGUGCGACUUUGGCGUGAGCGGCCAGCUCAUCGACUCCAUGGCCAACUCCUUUGUUGGAACGCGCUCCUACAUGUGGAAGCACUUAGAGCAGGAGGUGGGGACAGGAGUGGAGGGCUUCUCAGGAGAGGAGGGGGUGGGGGGGGGUGCACUGAGCGAAUAG